CACCCCAGCGAUCUCGUACUGGCCUCUGGGCGCGUGGUGACCCUGCAGCUGCUCGGCCCCUGCCUCUGCCCGCGCGGCCCCCUCGCUCAGGUCGCGCGCGCCCGGGGCCUGGCUUCGCGUGGGUCCUGGCUCCUCCCGUACCGCAGUUGGUGCCGUCUGACAGCCCCUUCCGCGCGGCGCGGCGCGGCGGAUGUCGGGAGGGGCGCGGGCCUCCGGCCUGAGGCCCGGCGAGGUGCUGGCGGGAGCCGGGCGGAGAGCCGGCCCGGAUGGGCAGCUCCGCCCGCAGGGGCAGGGCAGGGCAGGGCCGGGCUUCGGCUUCACCGCAGCCUCGCCUGAGCGGGCGCCCCUGAAGUGGAGGGCGGGCCGCCUGGGCCGGGGGCCCCGGGAGGAUGGUGGCUCCCUGGCGCGUCUCCGUUAGGGUUUGCCUGUCGCACAUGAGGUGCUUCGAGCUCAGACAGGGACUCAGCCUUCUGAGGCCCUCCGAGUGCCCUCGCGAUGCCAGACUCUGCUGGCUUCUGCUGGGCACUUUGCCCAAGGUCGUCUCCGUGUGCGGGGACGUGGGUGAGGGGGCCCCUGACGUUCUGGGUCUGCGAAGGGUCCACUGCAGCGGGGCGGCUGGCGCGGCGCCCGCGGAGAGCCUCCCCCGAGCGGGACCUCUAGGCGGCGUCUUCCUGCAUCUCCGCCUCUGGCUUCGCGCCGGCGCUUUGUUGGUGAAAUUCUUCCCCCUCCUUCUCCUCUACCCCCUCACCUACCUGGCUCCCGGCGUCUCCACCCUCUGGCUCCACCUGCUUCUGAAAGCCACCGAGACCUCAGGCCCAACCUACAUCAAACUGGGCCAGUGGGCCAGCACCCGGCGCGAUCUGUUUUCUGAGGCUUUCUGUGCCCAGUUUUCCAAGCUGCAUGUCCGAGUGACCCCCCACCCGUGGACUCACACUGAGCGCUUCCUUCGGCAGGCUUUUGGGGAGGACUGGGGGAGCAUCCUCUCUUUUGAGAACCGAGAACCUGUGGGCUCAGGCUGCGUGGCCCAGGUGUACAAAGCAUACGCCAACACUGCCUUCCUGGAGACGGACAGCGUCCAGAGACUUGGCAGGGCCUCCUGUCUGCCGCCCUUCUCAGAUACUGGGGCAGUCGGGGGGCUGAGAGAGCUCUUUGGAUACCUUGGAAACGGCCGGAAACCUCCAGAAAAUCUCGCAGACCAGUCGUUUCUAGAAAGGCUGCUCCUCCCUAAAGCUGACCUGGUUGGAUCAAAUGCAGGGGUGUCUCAGGCUCAGGCCCCUGGCCACCAACCUGAGUCAGGUCACCUCAUCCCCGUGGCAGUGAAAGUGUUGCACCCUGGCCUGCUCGCUCAGGUGCAUAUGGACCUGCUGCUGAUGAAGAUUGGCAGCCGAGUCCUCGGACUUUUGCCAGGCAUCAAGUGGCUUAGCUUGCCUGAGAUUGUGGAGGAAUUUGAGAAGCUGAUGGUCCAACAGAUCGACCUGCGUUACGAAGCUCAGAAUCUAGAACACUUCCAGGUCAACUUCCGGAAUGUGAAAGCUGUGAAGUUCCCCACCCCUCUGCGCCCCUUUGUUACCAGGGAAGUCUUGGUGGAAACGUAUGAAGAGAGUGUACCUGUGUCCAGUUACCAGCAGGCAGGAAUUCCCGUGGAAUUGAAAAGGAAGAUUGCACGGCUGGGGAUCAACAUGCUCCUGAAGAUGAUAUUUGUGGAUAACUUUGUCCAUGCAGACCUUCACCCUGGAAACAUCCUGGUUCAGGGUGCCAACGACCUGUCCUCGAGUCAGAAGGCGCAGCUGCAGCAGGCGGACAUCUGUGACACUCUGGUGGUGGCCGUGCCAUCUUCCCUGUGCCCGCUGCGACUGGUGCUGCUGGAUGCUGGCAUUGUGGCGGAGCUGCAGGCCCCCGACCUGAGGAAUUUCCGGGCGGUUUUCAUGGCUGUGGUGAUGGGGCAGGGCCAGAGAGUGGCUGAGUUGAUCCUGCAUCAUGCCCGGGCCAGCGAGUGCAGGGACGUGGAGGGGUUCAAAACCGAGAUGGCCACGCUGGUGACCCAGGCCAGGAAGAACACUAUCACCCUGGAGAAGCUUCACGUGUCCAGCCUUCUCUCCAGUGUCUUUAAGUUGCUGAUGACUCACAAGUGUUCCAAGAGGCAGGCACCAAAGCUAAGAGGCCGAGCAGCUCACCUGUGGCCACGUGGGCCGAGCCCCCGCCUGCUGCUCGGUCCUCCCACCUCCGUGGCUCACUCUGAACAUCUGCUCCCCACACAGUUUCCGGCACGGUGGGUGAGGGGCCUUGAGUGUUUGCUGCUGCUGCUGUUGUUCCCAGGAUGGAAGAGGAGACAGAGGGCCUAGGGCAGCUACUGCACUCUAAGCACUUCACUAGGCACUUAAGUUUGAAAACAUUUAUAAAUUUUUCAUUGUGAUGAAAAACACAUAAAAUUUAACCCGCCAACCCUCUCCAGAUGCAUAGUAUAGCAUUGUGCAACAGAUGUCUAGGUCUUUCUCAUCUUGCAGAGCUGAAACUCUACAGCCAUUGACCAGCUCCCCAUUCCCCUCUCCACCCAGCCCUGGGAACCACUGUGCUGUUUUAUGUUUCCAUGAUUUUGGCUACUCCAGAUAUUUCAUAUAAGUGGAAUUAUAAAGUAUACUGUCCUUUUGUGAUUGGCUUGUUUUACUCAAUAUAAUGUCCCCAGGUUUCAUCCAUGUUGUAACAUGUGACAAGAUUUCCUUUUGAGACAGGGUCUCACUGUGUCGCCGAGGCUGGAGUGCAGUGGUGCAAUCUUGGCUCAUUGCAACCUCUGCUUCCUGGGUUCAAGCGAUUCUCGUGCCUCAGCCUCCCGAGUAACUGGGUUUACAGGCAAGUGCCACCAUGCCCAGCUAAUUUUUGUAUUUUUAGUAGAGAUGGGGUUUCGCCAUGUUGGCUAGGCUGGUCUUGAACUCCUGACCUCAAGUGAUCCACCCACUUUGGCCUCCCGAAGUGCUGGGAUUACAGGCAUGAGCCACCCCGC